AUGGAAGAGGAAAAGCAGGUGCUUAUAAAAGUUGUUAAAGAAAAACUUCAGAACAUGGCAAAUACUUCAAUGAAGAAUGUGCUCUGGAGCAAACGUUCAAUCUACAGAAUACCUGCCUCUGUUACAGCCCAUAACAAGACAGCUUACAUGCCCCAGACAGUCUCCUUCGGUCCUUACCAUCAUGAUGGCAUUCAUCUGAAGCCAAUGGAGGAACACAAGCAACGAGCACUCGGGUAUUUUCUAAAAAAAACAGGAAUACCUCUACAGUCGGUCGUUGAAUCUUUAAAUGAAGAAAUGCAGGUUUUAAAAGACUCAUAUGAUAUGCUUGGUGAAUCAUGGAAAAAUGAUACGAGCAAAUUUCUGCAAAUGAUGAUUCUUGACGGUUGUUUCAUGCUGGAAAUCAUACGUCUUGCUACAUAUAAUUCGUUCGACUACUCUGCCGAUGACCCCGUUUUUAGCAGCCACGGGAGGCUCAACAUGAUACCACAUAUCCGGCGUGACAUGUUGUUGCUUGAAAAUCAACUGCCAAUGCUUGUUCUUUACAGGUUGGUUGCUGUUGAAAGCGACGGAGCAAAGGUACAUCGAUCUUUUGCUUGA